CUUCUCUGUCUGUGAAACAUAGGCUUCAUACUCCAGUCCAAUAGGUGUCGGCAACCGCCAUUUAACUUCAAGGAAAAAGAAGAGCAACGUUGAUUGACAGACCGGAAACAAGCCGUCUUGAGAGGAGGCAAGAUGGCAGCCCCGGCAGUGGCUGAGUUUCAAAGAGCCCAGUCUCUUCUCAGCUCAGACCGGAACGCAUCUAUCAAUAUUUUACAUUCGAUAGUAAAGCGGGACAUCCAGGAGAGCGAUGAGGAGGCGGUGCGUGUCAAAGAGCAGAGCAUCCUGGAGCUGGGUGGUCUGCUGGCUAAGACGGGCCAGGCUGCAGAGCUGGGCGGUCUCCUGAAGUAUGUGCGGCCGUUUCUGAAUUCCAUCAGCAAGGCCAAGGCAGCGCGGCUGGUGCGCUCGCUGCUGGACCUGUUUCUGGACAUGGAGGCAGCUACAGGCCAGGAGGUGGAGCUGUGUCUGGAGUGCAUUGAGUGGGCCAAGGCUGAGAAGAGAACAUUCCUCAGACAGGCCCUGGAGGUGAGGAGUGGAAGAGGGGACCCCACUGGAAGAGAGCUGAGCGGGAGCACUGACAUGAUGGGUUUGGCUCGUCUUAUCUCUCUGUAUUUUGACACAAAGCGGUAUCAGGAGGCGCUUCAUCUAGGCACCCAGCUACUCCAGGAGCUGAAGAAGAUGGAUGACAAGGCCCUGCUGGUGGAGGUACAGCUGCUGGAGAGUAAGACGUACCACGGCCUCAGCAACCUGCCCAAGGCCCGAGCUGCCCUCACCUCUGCACGCACCACCGCCAACGGCAUUUACUGCCCGCCCAAGCUACAGGCCGCCCUGGACAUGCAGUCAGGGAUCAUCCAUGCAGCAGAGGAGAAGGACUGGAAGACUGCCUACUCUUACUUCUACGAGGCCUUCGAAGGCUACGACUCCAUCGACCACCCCAGAGCGAUCACUGCUCUCAAAUACAUGCUGCUCUGCAAAAUCAUGCUCAACCUUCCUGAGGAGGUCCAGGGUCUCGUUGGUGGAAAGCUAGCCCUGCGGCACGCCGGGAGACAGACGGACUCUCUGAAAUGCAUGGCGCAGGCCAGCAAGAACCGGUCGCUGGAUGAUUUUGAAAAGGCCCUGACAGAGUACAGAGGUGAGUUGAGAGACGACUCCAUCAUAAGCACACACUUGACCACGCUCUAUGACAACCUGCUUGAACAGAACCUCAUCCGUGUCAUCGAGCCUUUCUCCAGGGUACAGAUAGGACACAUUUCCACCCUCAUAAAACUCUCUAAAGGAGAUGUCGAGAGGAAGUUGUCACAGAUGAUUCUUGACACAAAAUUUCACGGUAUUUUGGACCAAGGCGAGGGUGUGCUGAUCAUCUUCGAUGAGCCUGCAGUAGACACAACGUAUGAGGCGGCCCUGGAGACCAUUCAGAACAUGAGCAAAGUGGUGGACUCACUCUACAACAAAGCCAAGAAGCUCACAUAGAGGAGGCCACCUGUACCCCAGCACAGAGCUUGUCUGGCAAGUUUGUGAAGCACUCCGGGAAGGGGAGAGGGUGGGGGGGGGGGGGGUGUUCGGACUCAAACAACCCAGCAAGCAAAUAAACCAACCGACCAACCCACAAACUGACAGGGCUAGGCUGCCCACCCCUCUUUAAUUCAGACUGGAUAAAAAAAAAAAAGUAAACUGUUUUUCCCCCAACGGACAUUACAACAACUGGCAUCUCCAUCACAGGUUUCUAUGUUCAUCGGCAUCCCCCUCCUCCCCUCCUUGCCGACCAUCAGGGAAUCUUGUAAAAAAUGAACAAUAAAGAAACAAACAUAUAUAUUACAUGUAUGAAAGAUCUCUGAAAGAGUGUAAUUGGUGGGCUUAAAUUGCCAAAAGGUUCAGUUCUGUUGCCAAACAACCCCUGGCCAACACAUAUGUUUUCUUGCCUUUAUCCCCCCAACAACACACAGACGGCAAUCUGGGUCUGCUGGCUUUGGGCCAGAGAGGACAGAGAAAACGGACCACUGUCCCUGCGAACACGCCACAGGAAAAGGACACAGCGUUUUAUAGUUCCCAGACCUGGGUUAAUAUAUUGUUUGAAAAUCGUUCAAGUACUGAGCGUUUGUUUUAUCCUGCCUGGGGUGCCAGGAGGGUGUGGUUUUCCUUUUUGGGACUUUUCUAUUUGUUCCAUUUCAACAGGUUAGCUCAAUCGAGAACAGAUAAAGUAUCUGAUAUGAUCUCUAAUAGUAUUUUAAUCCAGGUGUAAUUGUUUCCCCUCCCUGCCUCCAAUUCCAGUUUGUACAUAAUGUUGCCAGGUGUCUCUGUUCAGGCCUGUCAUGCCCAUCCCCCUUUUUUUAAUUACACUAAAUGAGACUAAAAUAAGCCCUCUGUGUGCAUUUGUUAGUGGUGGUGAUUGACCUGGUUGUAUGUGUUGUGACUGGCUGACAGGGAGAGUGAGUUGGUUGUUUAUUCCUGAUGUAUUAAAAAAACGUGGCUUACAGCUAAAAGCUGUAAAGUUUGGGGACUACUUUUUGCAAGGACUACUAGUCGACCAUUUCCCAUAUGACAGAUAAGACAAGUGCUAAUAAAUAUAUUGAAUGUCACAGCUUAAUUUUCUGUUGAAAGGAACUAAACUAGAUGGACUUUGCCUCGUUUUUGCCCAUUGCCUAUUAGAAUAAUCAAGAAAUGCCUAGAUUUUUAUUUUUCUCUGUAUAUAGAUUUUUCUCUUGCAUAUGUUAUCAGGUUCAGCAUAUGUGCUGCAUUUAUCAGGGUAAAUGAAUUGUUACAUUUUAUUCAAUUUUAGACAACUCAAACAUAGGCAAAAGGUGAUUGAACAGUCAGAGCUGCAACGAGUCUGGGGUCUGUUCACCAAACCAUUUUACCCAGCUAGGGCAUCUUAACAUAGCCCAGUGAUGUGUCCCACAUGACACCCUGUUCCCUAUAUGGUUUACAACUUUAGGUCAGGCCCUAGGGUUUUAAUUUUGCACGGCCAAUUUUUCAGUUUUUUAUUUGUUAAAAAAGUUUGAAAUAUCCAAUAAAUUUCGUUCCACUUCA